AUGGCACUUUACCACUGGAAAUUGGAAAAACUUACAGAGCUGGAAAGUUUGGAUCUUGAAGUUAAAUGUGCUUCUGUAUGCAGUCCAAUUCAUUCGUUUUUCAAUGUGAGUUCUAACUGGAUUCCACCUUUUCUUCUCCAAGAAUUGAGAAUCAGGUCUUGUUCAGUGGGCUCAGAAUUUCCAACAUGGCUCCAGACGCAACACAAGUUGAAUGUACUUGACAUAUCUACAUACAGGAAUCUCAAGCACUGUCCCCAGACUGGUUUUUGGAACCUGGUUAGCGUCAAUCUUGCAGAGAUGUACAUGUCUGAAAAUCAGAUUGAGGGAAUGCUGCCCAAGUUCUCAACUUCCAUGCAGCUGAAUACCAUUGAUCUUUCUUCCAAUCGGUUCUAUGGACCUCUACCAGGUUUCUGGGUUCAUCCAUCUCCUACAUAA